CUUUGUCCACUUCAUGCUGUGCCUUGUGACCUCCAGGCUGCCAGCCAGGAUGUGGGGUAGGACAUUGGAGAAACAGUUGUGGAGAAACAGCAGCCAGACUCCUCCCCCCUGUCUUAUCCAGAGACUUGACCACAUUGUGAUGACAGUAAAGAGUAUCCAAGACACCAUAAUGUUUUAUUCCAAGAUUCUGGGCAUGGAGGCUGUGACUUUCCAGGGAAACCGAAAAGCGUUGUGUUUUGGACACCAGAAAUUUAACCUUCAUGAGAUGGGAAAGGAAUUUGAGCCCAAAGCUGCUAAUCCAGUUCCUGGCUCCCUGGACAUAUGUUUGAUCACAGAUAUGCCAUUAGAAAAAAUGGUCUGGCACCUCAAGGCUUGUGAUGUCCCCAUCGAGGAAGGCCCAGUGCCCAGAACAGGGGCAAAAGGGCCCAUUAUGUCCAUCUAUUUCCGAGACCCUGACAGAAACCUGAUUGAGGUGUCCAACUAUAGCUCCUCAUGAUGGAGACUGACUCCACUCCAUUCUGUUCCCCAUGUUCCAACUUCUCCCUUCUUCCCCACAAGCCCUUUCCCACCCUGAGAGACCACCAGAGAUUGAGAAUUUAAAUACUUCACACCUGCUGGAGGGGUCCUGAGAUAGGUUUGAAGCCAAAUCUUCUGAAUAUCUCCCAUAUGUUCCACAAUAAAUUAAUAACUUCUCAAUAAAUGAGCUCUUAUUAUGGUU